UCCUGCGAGCACGCCGCUUGUAGGAGGGGUGGGGUGGAGCUUGUGUGUGGCCUCGCGCCUUACCUUGCUUGGUGGCGGGAAAACUGGCUCGAGUUUUGGAGGAGUUUGCAGAGUUGCUGCGGUAGCUCAUUCUGCUCCUCGCCUUUAGGUCCUCCUCGCUCCAGAAGAUUGUUGGUGCUUUUCCGGUUGCAGAUUUCAGUAUUUGUUUUUGUGGAAGAAAAUAUUACAUCUGAAACGGAGGAACGGAAGCUUGAGUUGUCAGACAGUGACUUCCUGGCUUCUCUAUUGACCAGAGACAUAAAGUAUAGCUUCUGAGCUCAAUGAUGACAACUUUGCAGAAUAAAGAAGGAUGCGGGAAGGGAGCAAAGAAAACCUUUGCCCCACCUGCACAAAAAUUUCGUAGCCUGAUGCCCUAUAGCCUUAACUCAGCCAAGGAGGAGAUCCUGGAGAUCAGUCCCCCAGGGGCAGAGGCCACGCCAAGCCUGCAAAAGGCCGGGUUAGAGAAGAAGGAGAAAGUGACCACAGAGGAUGGUCCAGACAGUGGCCAGGAGAUAAAAGGAAAGGCUGAAGACAACAAGAAAGCAGAGAAGAAAGAAAAGGAAAAAUCAAGUCUCACCAAUGCAGAAUUUGAGGAGAUUGUCCAGAUUGUGCUACAAAAGUCCCUCCAGGAGUGCUUGGAGACUUCCUAUGCCCAGCCUACAAGAUGUACCCAAUUAGACAAGGAACCAAGAAUUACUUCUACUCCAGAUAAUGAAAAUGCUGUUGGAGAGAGGGUAGUGGUACCUCAUAAUCUAGAGAUUUCAGCCUCUCAGGAAGACGGAAUAAUUCCUGAGAUAAAGACAUCUAAGCCAGGCCAGCCAGAUCCUGCACCCUCUGAGAAGAAAUUCAGUAGACUUUCCUUAAGCAAAAGAGAGAAGAAAGCUCAUCAGAAAAUGGAGAAAACCCAAAGUGGAUAUGAGCACAGACAGAAAGACCAACUGAAGAAAGUGGUUCAGGAUCAUUCUCAGUUCAGGGACCAACAAAAAGGAGAGGGAAGUGGUUUUGAUCAGUGUCUAGUCUGGGUCCAGUGUUCCUCUCCAAACUGUGAGAAAUGGAGGCGGCUACGUGGGAACAUUGACCCCUCAGUUCUUCCAGAUAAUUGGUCCUGUGACCAGAAUACAGACGCAGAGUAUAAUCGCUGUGAUAUCCCUGAGGAGACCUGGACAGGGCAUGAAAGUGAUGUGGCCUAUGCCUCCUAUAUCCCAGGAUCCAUCAUCUGGGCCAAGCAAUACGGUUACCCCUGGUGGCCAGGAAUGGUAGAAUCUGAUCCUGACCUGGGGGAAUAUUUUCUUUUUGCUUCUCAUCUUGAUUCCCUACCGUCCAAGUACCACGUGACAUUUUUUGGAGAAACAGUCUCUCGUGCUUGGAUCCCAGUCAACAUGCUAAAGAACUUCCAGGAGCUGUCCCCGGAGCUAGCUGGAGUGAAAAAGUGCAGGAAUAAGGACUGCAGCCAGAAACUUGGGGCAGCCCUGAUGAUGGCUCAAGAGGCAGAGCAGAUCAGUAUUCAGGAGCGGGUUAAUUUGUUUGGUUUCUGGAGCCGAUACAGUGGAUCUGACCAUGGUAGGGAAGGAAAAGACUUAAUGCUCUCUAGGGCUAACAGUUCAGAUUCCUGCAUGGAGAAGGAAGAGGAAGAGUCAGAGUUGGAGGAGGAGGAGGAAGUGGAGGAGGAGCAAGAGAAAAAAGAUCCAACUUUGCCUGGUCUGAAGCCAGCCAAAAUUCAAACCAGAAAGCCUAAGGCAAGAGGUGUAACAAAUGGAGGAGAUGCGACCCUGCAAAGGAAGAGAGUGAAGAGAUCUCGGGGAAAUGAAGCUGCAGCUCCUCCUGUACCCUUAAUGAGAAGGAAGGAAGGGCCUGGGAAUUCAGAUCCAGAGCAGCCAGUUUUGUCACUUUUUCAUUUAGGCCCUAAGAAAAAAUUUAAAGCUCCCCAAAGCAAGGUCUCACUAAGCAGCUCGUCUGAGGAAAAAGAAGCUAGAAUAGCGCCUGAGGGGCUGACUCCACCAGCUCCUUGUGGGGCCUGUCCCGUGGUGGGGAAAGAGGGGCCUGAACCCCAGGAGCCACGGAUUCUGGAGGCUGGAAGUGUCCCCUCUGACGAUGAAGCCUCCAGGGACCUGGAUCUGGAGCAGCUCAUGGAGGAUGUUGGAAAAGAGCCGGAGCCGAGGGAGGAGCCGCAGCGCAGAGACGCCGCAGGGGAGCUCGCCAUGGCCUUCUUUGAGGAAUAGCCGUGUGCUCGCACCUCCUCCCUGUGCUCUGACCCCUUCCCCGGGAGCAGGAGGGCCGGCUCUCCCAGGGUCCCCGAGAACCUGAGAAGUGUUGGGGUUGUUCGUUCACAAUGAGGUUAAAUGGCGAAAGGCAGAGUUGUCCAGUUGAUGUGUUAAUAAACCAGGUUACCAAUUUA